CCAUAAUUUAAUUAAUGCAUUUGGAAACGUUAAUUAUCCGCUUGCUUUCAAAUGAAGGGUAACUGAUUUCGUCACCAACUGACUAUGCAAUGUCUGCCGAUUUUAAUUGAAAUUUUACUUAGUGCAAAGCAGGCUAGAGGGAGGUCGAUGUCGAGGCCUUCAGAAGAAAAACUGGAUUGAUAAUGUAAAAGAAUGGACAUCCCUUCCCAUGGCUGAAUUACUCUCAUCAGCACACAACAGACCUGGCUGAGGAGAAUUUCUGUAUCGUCGUCCCUCAUUUCUCCCCAACGGCCAAACCGGUCAAAGGAUUGAUGAUGAUGACGAUGACUGAGUAUACUGACAUCAUUGACAUACUUUUUGUAGCGGCUAAGCCGAUACUGUAGAUGGCUGGCAGCAAUGGAGAAGGCAAUGCAAAUGACUGGAGAAACCUUAACAGAAGAACAAAUCAAAACACUGAAAAAAUCUUUCCAAGCCAUAGAUCUGGACAGGGACGGGCGGAUAGGUGAACGCGAUCUCAAUAUGGCGUGCCGGAAGUUGGGAAUCCUGCUGUCACGUGACGAGCUCAAGGCGAUGAUCAAAGAGGCCGACAAGGACAGAAACGGUUUCAUAGAGUAUCGCGAGUUUGAGCGACUCAUGGCACCACGGCUGAUCAUUGCCAACUUCAAAACCAAGCAGCUACAGUUGCAGUUCCGGCGAUUUGACAAAGACGGAGACGGUUUCAUUACAGGAGAAGAGAUACGCACGGUUCUAAGAAGUGAAGGGGUCGAAAUCACAGAUGAGGAGGUAACCCAACUUAUUAUAGAGGCAGAUACAAACGGGGACGGUAAAAUAAGCUUCGAAGAAUUCGUCAACUCAGUAUGUGAAAAGGACUGGUGAGAGCUUCAACAUUACAGCUAAUGAAACUACCAUUUAUCAAAAAUAAACAUAGUACAAUGUAUUACCUUUUCAUGUUUGACUUCACCGACAUGGUCAGAUAGAGUUAGGACAGAGGUUGGUGUCAGGAUACGGCAAUCGCGAUUUCAGCAAAAGCAACGGACUGCAAUGACAUUUUAUUUAUCAACUUUAUUAAUGUAUAUCUUGCAAAGUGUGUUAUAAUUUUGUUUACAUAUACAUGCAUACAAUUAUUUUGUUUGAAUAAUAUUGUUGAUUAAUACCACGAAA